AUGGCUGGGGAUGACAAGAAGAGUGCUUCUGAAAGAUAUCAGAAGAUAUCUCAGUUAGAACAUAUUUUGAAGAGACCAGAUACUUAUAUCGGUUCUGUAGAAGUUCAGGAAUCUCAACAAUGGAUCUAUGAUGAAUCGAUCGACUGUAUGGUAGAAAAGCCAGUAAAUAUUGUCCCAGGUCUUUUCAAGAUUUUCGAUGAAAUUUUGGUUAAUGCAGCAGAUAAUAAAGUAAGAGACCCAUCCAUGAAAAGGAUAGAUGUUAAUAUCAUGCCUGAGGAAAACACAAUCGAAGUACGCAACGAUGGGAAGGGGAUCCCAAUUGAAAUUCAUGAUAAAGAAAAAAUUUAUAUUCCAGAACUGAUUUUCGGUCACCUAUUGACUUCUUCCAAUUAUGAUGACAAUGAAAGAAAAGUUACAGGUGGUAGAAAUGGUUAUGGUGCAAAACUUUGUAACAUUUUCUCCACAGAAUUUAUCUUGGAGACUGCUGACCCUAAGUCCGGUCAGAAAUAUAUUCAAAGAUGGGAAAAUAAUAUGAACGUAUGUCAUCCACCAACUAUUACCUCAUAUAAGAAAGGCACAUCUUACACAAAAGUUACGUUUAAGCCGGAUCUAUCUAGAUUUGGUAUGGAAAAAUUGGAUGAUGAUAUUUUAGGUGUCAUGCGUCGUCGUGUUUAUGAUAUCAAUGGUUCAGUACGUGAUGUCUCUGUUUAUCUUAAUGGAAAAUAUCUGAAGAUUAAAAACUUUAAAAGCUAUGUGGAAUUAUAUUUAAAAUCUCUAGAAAAGAAACGUCAAUUAGAUAAAAUGCAAAUCUCUGAUAAUAAUAAUAAUAAUAAGGCUACAGAGGUUGCUGCACCAAGUAAUAUACCCACUAUCCUAUAUGAAAGGAUCAAUGAUCGUUGGGAAGUUGCAUUUGCUGUCUCUGAUAUCUCUUUCCAACAGAUUUCUUUCGUCAAUUCUAUUGCAACAACAUCUGGUGGUACACAUGUCAAUUAUGUAGUAGAUCAAAUUGUCAGAAAAGUAAAUGAAAUAUUGAAAAAGAAGAAAAAAAAAUAUUAA